ACGUGGCGGCGUUUGGAGCGAUGAUCGUUGCCGUGGCAGCACAGCGAAGAUGUCGAGGAGCCGGAUUGGAUAUGCUGAAGCCUGACGGCGCUGUCCUGGCCAGGAUUCCAGUUGGAUAUGCCGCCCUGCUGUCCUUGGCGACUAUCGCGCUUGCCACAGCGAACCGUGUCAUGUACAAAGUAGCGCUGGUUCCUUUGGGGAACUACGUUUUCUUCUUGGCUCAAUUCACAACCUUCGGCUAUGUUUUUGCCUACUGGGUCGCCUUGAUCCUCAACAGGGCUAACGGCAACGUCACAGAUCAGCAGGUGGACUUUGCGCGAAAGCGCUGGGAUACAUUUGCCCGAAUAGGAUGCCUUGAAGCUGGGUCCUUCCUGCUGGGAAUGCUUGGUGCCAAAGCGCUACCAGGCUCCAUUCUGCCGGUACUGGGUCAGCUCUACCUGGUCUUUCAGAUGACCUUCUCGUCCACCUUGCUUGGGCGUAAAUACAGUUUUCGCGAACUGGCAGGAUGUGCCUUUUGCGUGUUUGGCGUCAUUGCAGCAUCGGCAGGCGGACUGGAAUCCUCCGAGGGCUUUGCGGUGUCUGCACGGCCUGCGCUGCUCUUCGUGGUCUCUUUGGCUCUGCCAGCGCUUGGGUCCGUGCUGAAGGAGGGCCUCUUCAAAGAUGCCAAGCGAGCUUGCGGAGAAGAUUUGAAUGUAUUCGUGGUGAACUCCUUGGGCUCAUCCUUCCAGGCUGCUGGUGUGUUCAUGAUGCUUCCCCUGCUGGCAUCGCUGCAGGGCGUGGGCGCAACGCCGGGCGCCAUCGGCCAGUACUUGGCCAAGGGUGCCGCGGCCUUUGGGUCUCAGCCAUUCUGGCCAUGCCUCUACCUCUUCCUGAACUUGGGCUUCAAUGUGACGCUGCUGAUUCUGCUUCGUACGACUUCGGCAGUUACGGUUUCAUUGUCCGUCGCCGCUGCUGUGCCUGCGACCGCGCUGGUGUUUGCCACCUGCGAUGUUCCUUUGCUUGGCAAGGGCGAACCCCUGGACAGGUGGUUCCUCGCGGGCCUGGUCCUGAUUGUGAUUGGGCUCGGGCUGUACCACGGUUGGCUGGAGAAGCUUUAUCCUGGUGACAGCUGGACAAGAACCGAAGCCCGGCAGCGCAUCCGUGGCAUGGCAGCAAAGCUAUCAGAGGGCCUGGUAGCCGCCAUCCGCCGCGAGGAGCCAGCGGAAUGCAACGACACGCUGCAAAAGAUCGAGAACUUCUUGGCACUCGCCAUGGGAGAUUUCUCUGCGAUGAAGGCAGCUUUCUGCUUCAACCUAGGCUCCUCCCUGGUUUUGGCCCCUGCUGUUUACAACAAGGAUGCGGAGGAGGCUGAGCCUGGUGAUGGCUCGCUGAGAGCGCUCGAGUCCCUCGACUUGGCAGUGGGUUUGUUUGGGUGGCUGUGGACUCUUCGUGGCAUGCCGGAGGAGGAGGUCAUCGCCAGGUGCGGUCUUGAUGGCUUGCAGAUGCUGGAGCUCUUACGCCUUGGGCAGAGGCUGACAGUUGUGUGGAGCUGCGUGAUCGUUUGUGUGCUUUGCCCACUUCAUUAUUACCUACACUCAUGCGCCUCCACUUCCAACGCCACCCUUCUCAGCAUGACGAGCCUGAAUGGCUUAGCCCUGGAUCGCUUGGAGAACCAGCAUCGCACUCUUCUGAUGUGGGUGCAUGCUGCUACAGUCUGGUUUGUUGUCCUUGCGGCUUCGCACGAAGUCCACGCGGCGCAGAGCCGUUUUCUGGAGCGACGCUUCGAAUGGCUGCGACAGAUUCCAGAGCCCAGAGCUACAACUUUGCUGGUGGAGAACUUGCCUCCUGAAUGCAGGUCAGACUUCGCACUCCACCAGUACUUUGCCCGACUCUUCUCGGCAGAUGCCAUUGCCAGGGCCUACAUUGUGAGGCGCACGGACCACCUGCGUCGUUUGUUCGUGGACAUGGAGCGGUCCGCAUACAACCUGCACUGCGCAGAGCUCUUGCAGCGCACGGGGCCCACCACAAGGUGGCCGCCAGAUGCCAUUUGCUGCUGCAGACGGGGUGGAUGUGAAGUCAGCUUCCACACCAGGGAGUUAGCGGCCUUGAGGGAGGCAGUUGCUGCGGAGAGACAGGCUGUGGAGGAAGCCGUAAUGGCAAUGGAUCCAAAGGUUUGCAGCUGUUCCGGCUUUGUCACCUUCACUAGCAGGAGGAUGUGUAUGCUGGCCCGACAACCGCAGUACCGAGCCGACUCCUCGCAGCUCACGGCUGUCAUGCCUCCGGCAUCCGGCAACGUUACAGCUGCACUGCUGCUGUUUCUGAUCUUCGUGGUUUGGGCCCCUCUGAUUGCAACCGUCAUGGACCGGGUGCAGCCGGUUCUCCUCAGCUUCUUUGUGGACUUCCCAGAGGUCCAGCACCUUGUGCAAGGAGUAUUCAGCACAGGAGCCUUGAAGAUAUUCAUGGCCUUCCUGCCCACGCUUCUCAUGACGAUCAUCAGCAAUGUCUUGACUCUUAAAGCUGGGACAUGGGCCCAGCUAAAGCUGCAGGACUGGUACUUCUCCUUCCAGGUGGUCUUUGUCUUGCUUGUCACCACCAUCGUCGGGACUGUCCUGGAUGUUUUGGAGAAGGUGGUCGCACAUCCUGGUGGGGUCAUCUACCUGCUUGCCGAUGCCCUCCCUGGCUUUUCGAAUUUCUACAUCAACUAUCUAAUGCUAGGAUGCCUCAUGCACGUUUUCGAUCUCUUGCGGCCCAGCUCUUUGGCCAAGUACCUUGUUGCAAGGGUCCGUGGCGAAGAACCUAUCGAUGCACGCAGGGCCAGUGAGCCAGAGGAUCAGGACAGCGAUGGGAUGGGGGCUCGCAUGGCCAAGAUCUCCCUGCAUCUGGUUGUAGCAAGCGUGUUCGCAAGCUGCUGCCCAGUCAUCCUUGUGUUUGCAUGGCUUUACUGCACUGUGGGAGCCUCCACUUAUGGCUACCUACUGGUUUUUGCAGAAACCAAGAAGCCAGACAUGGGUGGAUCCUUCUGGGUGAAAAGCCUGCGGCAUCUUUUUGCCGGGCUUGCAAUUUACGUGCUGCUGAUGGUGGGGCUGUUGAGUCGUUUAAGUGACACUCGUGAGGCGCCCUUGGUAGCAAGUCUCGCCCUGCUAGCCCUCGCUUCGGCUUUUCUUCGCUUCCGCAGCCUACGAUGGGAGACCUUACCCUUCGAGGCCCGUCACACCACAUGA